AUGUCCAACCAAGCCGACAAGUCCAUGGCCAAUCUCAAGGAGAUCACUGGCCAACUUCUCGCGAUCGUCCGCACUGCCCGACAAAUUCCCCCUGGUCCAAGUCACUUCGCUCUGGCGACCCAGGCAAGUGAAUUAGUGGCAAGGGCAGUCCGGGAUCAUGGCAACUCAAUAUGCCUUCCCGGUCUUGUCUUGUUUUGUUCACGGGAGUUCAUCCGGACUCGCAACUGUUCUCCGCAGGAGGCCCCGAACUGGCGGAGCAUCGGCCAUGACAACCCUCAACUCAUGCGGCACAGCUGGCGCAGCAAGGCCCUCACCUGGCAAGCCUUGGGCGACCACUCAUUCGAUCUUGCACACGAGGUCGAUGGUGGUGACACCAACAAUGCUCCCGGUCCCUCAACAAGCGUGGAUGGUGAUGCUUUGGAGAAGGGGAAAGGGAAGGAAGCGGCCUUUUUCCUGAAUGUCGAAGCCGGUCCCAAAGUUGGCGAUGAAGAUGCCGAAGAGGGGAAAGUUGGGGCAGGAAUGGAAAUUGAGGGAAUCGGUGGAUUCAUCGGACGAGGAGGAGGAAGAGGACGGGUCCUUGAAGCCCCGCUCAGACACACCAUCGGUGAUUGUCACUCAGCGGGUUUCCCCCGCCCAACCAUCAAGGCCCUCUGGGCCUCCCUGAUCCCUGGGCUCUCUGAAGAAGGCCCCCUUCGGCCCUGGAACGGUAAGCUAGACUGCUUACCUCGGGUCCCCAAAUCUAACAUUCAGCAGACACCUCCGCUCAUGCGCCCUGACAUCCCCGAGUCAUCUCAAGCGACUUCCGAGAGCCCGAGGGAUGUGGCCCCAGUUGUGGACGCUGGGGCCAUUCUCAUUCUGGGACCGUCAGCAGUGUGGACCCGAAGCCAAUCCCAGGGGCCGUCGGUAGCUCCAAGUGAGCCUCAGGGCAUCCCACCCAAGCCACGGUCCCGGGGCCGAAGCAAGCCCUCGGGCUCGGCGACAAUGCCCAUCCCCCCUGCAGCUGUCAUUGCAUCAUUGAGUUCAGCUGCCCCCCAUGCAUCCCAGGACCUCCCGAUCCCAGACCUCCACUGGAUGUCGAUCACAAUUCAUGAGAGCGCGAAUUGCAUCACAGCUCUGGAGGCUCGUGCCUCUGAACAGGAGAGCACAAUCGAUACACUCCGAAGGCUGCAUGAGAGCCUUCGAUGUCAGAUCAUGCAGCAACAUCUGUCAUUCCCCCUCCUGCAUUCUCCUCCCGCUGCAACUUCAUCUCUACUCCUUGAUCAAGCCGCUCCUGGGUCGCAGUCCCAUGUGCACUUGGCACCCUUGCCGCUCAUCGACUUCAGCACCAACUCGACAGGUGAGGAAUCCUCCACCAUUGUUGCCCUGGUAAUGGAGCCAACAAUCCCACCCUCUCAGACUGAAGCGGUGUUGGACCCUGCUCCUGCCAUUGCAUCGACAGUUCCUGUCGAUGCAGUUCACAGCCUGGCCGAUGAUGGCGCCUCCACCUUCGCAUUGGCCUUCGCACUUCCGGGCCCCCCGGAAAUGCACCCCAGCCCUUUGGAGACUCCCGCAGACGGCCCCCUGGAAAUGCACCCCAGCCCUUUGGAGACUCCUGAGGAUGGCCCAGGCGUCGCUGAGAUUGUUGAGUGUGGGUCGCCCCUCAACCUCCUUCCGGAAUAUGAUUCCAGUGAUGAGCAGGACGCCACGAUGCAAAUAGUACUCAACAAUCAGUACCGCAUACCCAACAUUAUGCAAACCUCUGAGCCCCGCGCAUGUAACAAAGAGUCCCAAGGACCGAGUCCCGAGCAUCUCGGUGCUCGGUACUCGGUCUUUGCCUUUCCGCUUUCAAUCCUCGGCUCUCCAAGUCCCAAGCAUCUUGGUGCUUGUUGGUUCAGCUCUCGGUACUUGAUACUGGGUGACCGGUUCACAAUCCCCAACCCUUUGUACCAGUACUCAGUUCUCGGUACUCAGUACCUGGUUCGGCCCUUGGUACAUGUACUCGUACUCGACCCUCGCUACUUGAUCCUCGCUGCCCGGUUCAAUAUCCCCGAUCCUCAGCACUCAGUUGUCAGCCCUCAGUCCUCAAUCCUCGGUACUCGAUACUCGGUGCCUGGGUCACCAUCCCCAGCCCUCGAACUCCACACCCAGGUCGCGAUUCGCCAUCCUCGAUCCUCAGUGCUCGGUUCUCAGCUCUUGGUACUCAACCCUCGGGACUUGAUCCUCACUCCGCGGUUUGCCAUCUCCAAUCCUCAGUACUUAGUAUUCAGUACACGGUACUCCAUUGGCCAUACUCGGUACUUGCGGUUUGCCACCCUUGAUCCUCGGUAUUCGGUCCUUCAGUACUUGAUCCUCACUGCCCGGUUCGCCAUCCCCGAUCCUCGGUACUCAGGACUCGGUACUUGGUGCUCCGUUUGCCAUACUCAAUACUCAUUUAUAUGA